CGGCUCUUGAUGCUGAAGUCAAGUCGAAGCUGGAUUAAAGGAUCUUAAACUUAGGAUAAACCUUUGUUGCAGGAAGACGAAGCUGGAAGAAUACCAUAAGAAAGCACAAAAGAAUGGAUCGAACCUCAUAUUUUCAACAUUGGAAGAGGCAACAAUUUCAAUAUGGAGUAGCCAUUCACAUCAAUCCCAUCUCUAUUUCUUUUUGCCUUUUCUUCUUCUUCCUCCUCCUUUUGCUUAAGCUGUUCAGAGGGAAAAAACAAAGCAUCAAUUUCCCUCCUUCACCACCCAAACUGCCAAUCAUCGGAAACCUUCACCAAUUAGGAACCUUGCCGCACCAAUCUUUGGCGUCUCUUUCGAAGAAAUAUGGGCCUCUCAUGCUCCUAAAGCUAGGCCAGACCCCAACUCUGGUGGUUUCAUCAGCAAAAAUGGCUAGAGAAGUAAUGAGGACCCAUGACCUCAAAUUCUCCAACAGACCCAAAACUACAGCCACUAAUCUCUUGUUCUACGGAUGCCAAGACAUGGGUUUUGCCCCAUAUGGAGCGUACUGGAGACAAGCCAGAAAAAUGUGCGUUCUUGAGCUUUUUAGCUUCAAAAGAGUGGAGUCCUUUCAGUAUAUCAGAGAUGAAGAAGUCGGUGUUCUUAUCAGUAGGAUUCAUAAGGCUUGUGCUGGCGGUGAGGUUGUGAAUCUUAGCAAGUUAUUCCUUCAAAUCUCAAACAAUAUAGUGUCCAGAUGCGUUAUGGGAAAGAAGUUUGAGGAUGAAAAUGGGAACAAUAGAUUUAGAGACGUAUCAAGAAGGGUAAUCGAGCUACUCUCAGCGUUUUGUGUGGCAGAUUUCUUCCCUGCUUUCGGAUGGGUUGAUGUAGUUAGAGGGUUCAUUGGGGAACUGAAAACAAUUUCUAGAACAAUGGAUGAAUUCUUGGAUAUGGUAAUUGAAGAGCACAAGACAGAGUUAAGAACUGGUAGACCUGAUGAUAAAAGGGAUUUCUUGGAUAUUAUGCUGCAGCUCAACCAAGAUGACAUGCUCGGCUAUCAUUUCACUCGGGACAACCUCAAAGCCAUAUUACAGGACAUGUUCGCCGGUGGGAGUGACACUUCUGCAACAGCAUUGGAAUGGGCAAUGGCAGAGCUGAUUAGAAACCCAAACACCUUGAAGAAAGUUCAAGAAGAGAUCAGAACAAUAGUUGGAAAGAAGCCAAAAAUUGAAAUGAAUGACAUUAGCAAAAUGGAGUACAUGAAAUGUGUGAUAAAAGAAUCUCUAAGACUACACCCACCAAUUCCUCUGCUUGUGCCACGAGAAACAUCAGACGUCGUCGACAUCGAAGGCUACCAUGUGGCAUCAGGAACCAGUGUCUUCGUGAAUGCUUGGGCAAUCCAAAGGGACCCCAUAAUCUGGGAAAGGCCAAAUGAGUUCAUCCCAGAGAGAUUCAUGGAGAAGAAUUGUGCUGAUUUCAAAGGCUUAGAUUUUGAGUUCAUACCAUUUGGAAGUGGAAGAAGGAAGUGCCCUGGAUUGUCGUUUGCGCUUGCUUCUUUUGAAUGUGUGUUGGCCAACCUUCUCUAUUGGUUCGAUUGGAAGUUGCCUGAGGACAUGGCGGGAGAAUUGUUGGACAUGAGUGAACUCCAUGGAAUCACUGUUCGCAAGAAGAUUCCUCUCCAUCUCACUCCAUUACCAUUGUAGUCUAAUGGAAUAUCAUUUGCAAUUGCUUCCUUUCAACAAAUCUUCUGGUUCGCUUGGAAGCUUCCUAAUAGCUCUGUGUUGGACGUUGAAGAAGAAAAUGGACUCCCUGUUUGCAAGAAACCCCCUGCAUCUCAAGUUAGUACCAUAUAACUAGUA